AUGGCUGACUACCUCGCUCUGAUCGCCAGUCUCAACUCUGAUUCUCCCGUCAACGGAUCCAUGGCAUCUCCAGAAGACUUUGCUGCUGACCUCUCCCUCUGGACAAACGCAGAAUUCACCUUCGACACCGCCCCCGGCCUAGGCAUCUUUGAAUCAGACUCUGCCUUUCCCGAUCUCCUCUCCACCAACACAGCCUCGACCACUGUCGCAUCACCAGUAAUCGAUCCUACUCCAGCUCCUGCUGCCAACUUCAACUCUUUGGAUAUCAUGAACUUUUCCACUGAGCGGCCGCUGUCCUUGUUGGAGAGGACCCGCCAGCGUAACCCUAUCGACCAGUCUACUACCUCACAUAUCACCACCAUCACCCCUGCUCAAUCCUUCCAGAUGCCCACUGCACCCACAACACCUGCUGCUGCCAAGUUGCUGCGUCAGCCUAUGCCCCAAUACCACUCUCCCUCUUUGAUUUCCAAGCCAUCAAGUGCUGUCCUUCCAGUCUCCGCCGUCUCCUCCUCAGUCAUCAAGAACCCCGACACCACAGUCACUCUUCCUGUCGCUGCUGCUGUUGAUGAGCCAAGCCUCACAUUAUCUGUUCUGGGCGAGAAGCGGAAAAGUACUUUCCAACAAGAAGAGGUUGACGGCGAGGAGCUCUCUGCAGCCGACUCAUUCUCCAGGGACGACCCGGAGUACUCGACCAAGGUUGCCGCCGAGGAGGACAAGCGGAGACGUAACACUGCGGCCUCUGCUCGUUUCCGACAAAAGAAGAAGCUGCGUGAGCAGGCCCUGGAACAGACCGCCAGAGAACAAUCUGUCCGCGCCGAGCAGCUCGAGAACCGUGUGCGGGAACUCGAGAUGGAGGUCCGUUGGUUGAGGGGCUUGAUCGUUGAGAAGGAUACGCGGUUGCAUGCUGCCACCAUGACCUUGCAGCGUCUCGAUGCCUUCUAG